CCGACAGUUCCUUACAUUUAUGUUCAUACAUUUCUAAACGGGAGUUAUUUAUUAAAAUAUGUCGUGUAGAAGACUUUUAUUAAUUCAAAAAAUACUUUAAAUUAUAUUUUACAUCCUAUAUCAUUGGUUUAAUAAUCAAAACCAAAUGGAAAAACAAAAAAAGAAACGGGACAUGAUUCACUGUACUCAGUCCCAAAAUAUUCUUCGAAAUUUGAUGCUUCGAGAUUUUGGAUUGAGAACAACACAUAAAACAAGUACCAAGGAGCUUGAGCCAAUUGCUGAAACAAAUCUUGUACUCAAAGACCACAAGGAAUUGAAAUGUGACUUGCCUGGCGUUCCGAGGGGAUCAUUUUUAAUGGUCUUUAGUCCGGAUGGUACAAAAGUCGCUUCAACGCACGGGAAUCAUAAUAUUUACAUAACGGACCUCACUACGGGUAAAAAUAUCCAAACACUUUCGGGACAUCCUCGAACUCCUUGGUGUAUUGCAUUUCAUCCGUCUUCGAGUGAAAUUUUAGCUUCCGGAUGUUUAGGUGGUCAAGUACGAGUUUGGGACCUCAGUGGAGGAAGUGAAGUAUGGAACUCGGAUGGUCAAACAGUGAUCGCAUCACUUGCAUUUCAUCCUUCCGAAAGAUUACUUGUGAUCGCAACAUUCAAUGAAGUUCAUUUUUGGGAUUGGAGUCAGUCUGAACCAUUUGCCGUUAUUGAAACAAAACACGUGAAAGAAAGAGUUAGGUAUGUUGCUUUUGAUAAUUUAGGAAGAAAACUAAUCACAGGAAUUGCGAACGUCCUCCCACCUCAAACACAAUGGGAUCGUCCUCCUUUAGAACAAUUGUACCGAUCUAUUCCCCGACUUGUUCGAGAAAGAUCACAAGAGUUCGAAAUUUCUCAGCCUUUUUCUCAUUAUCAUUCCUCAUCGCCACUUCAUCUUUGGAAUCAUGGAAUGAUGCCGGGAUCAAAUAGAUAUCGAGAUGUUUUAGACGAAAGAAUUCCUUUUACUGAUGGGAGAAAUAUUAGAAGAAAUCAAUCAACCGAAUACGAUCCACGACUUUUACAAAGGUUUUUUUUAAGAGACGUGACGGUACCGGUAGUUUCUACACCAUUAAGACGACCCACGACAAUGACAAUUUUUCGUUCAAAUAGCACGGCUUCUGAUCUUGAAUCCGAUCGAGUUAUCGAGAGAAUUCCCGAGCAAAUUCCAAAUACAAAUGCAACUUCUAAUCAGCGAACUAAUGAAUUGAGAAAUGAAAAUCGUUCCUCUGUUGACGAUAACAAUAGCAAUGGAGAACCAUCAGCAUCUGAUAAUUCACGAAAUCCAUCACUUUUCUCAAGUCUUCAUCCGAAUUUCUCAAAUAUCGAAAAUCCCCUAAGAUACGAUCAUCUCAUGAAUUUAUCGGAACGAUUCCAAAAUAUUUUUUCCGAAGUAAAUGAACGAAUGGUUCGUAAUAAUGGCCCAGAAACUGAGCGUAGAUUAAAUCUUUGUUAUCAAUUUUUAGUCGAUCAAUAUCAAUCAAUAGUUCGAAGAUAUUGUGAUAUCUCUCGAAAUAGAGAUACUAUUGAUCGUGGAACAGAUCCAAUGGACGCGCCAGAAUCAUCGACAAAUUCGCAAUCAACGGAAACAAGGGAAUCGAGUCGUUAUUAUUUAGCAACACAAACAUCAGCUUCGAUAUUGAGAAGUAUGUUAAAUUACAGUGCACAGGCGAAUAAUACAAAUUUAGAAAAACUUCAACGUUAUCAACGUGUUUUAAUGGCAGGGGCCGAGCAAGAGGAAAUAGAGCCGGCACUUCAAAUUCUUCGAGAAGCAUUAAAUGCAACAGCCGUGAAUAAUAGUGCUUGUCUCGCGAGAUUACAAAAAUUACGCGAACGUUUAAGAGCUCAUACAACAACACUUUUUUUGCAUUCAAACAAUCGUAGCAAUUCAGGUCUUCAAGUUCUUCGUAAUGCGCUCAAUGAUGAAAUUGAAGCACUCAACAAUAUUGAAGUACAACUCACAAAUACAAGUUCACGAAUUGAAAUUCUACGCGAUGAAUUGGCAACAAAUGGUGUUUUGCGUCCCAAUCAGGCAACAGCGGCUUCACAAUUAAAUUAUCUCGAAUCUAUUUCUGCAAUGUUAUCUAAUAAUAACACUUUGCGUCCUUCUAGAAAUGGAGAGAGUAGUUCAACAAGGGAGACAAACAGAAACGAAGACAAUAGAAACAGAAAUGAUGAAAGUAAUCGAGUUCCCGGUGGCAGAACUGAAGAAAAUCAAGAGAAUCGCGAGCAGGAGAAUGAGGAGAAUGUUUUUCAAGAAUUAAGAAAUGAAAUGACAUCAUUCAGGGAUGAUUUUAUAUUUCGUAGGAGAAAUCUAAUGCGAUCAGUUAGUGAUAGAAUUUUAAAUAUAUUGGAAAAUUUUAAUGAUCUAGGAGAAUCGUCUACAAGUCGAUCAACACCAAGGGAAGGAAAUAGAGGAAAUUCAUCUCACAAUAGAAGUAGAACGCAAUCAAGCUCAAGGACAAAUAGAAGAAGAGUCGACGAUACAGAUACGGAUGAUGAACCACCAAGAAGAAGACGUCGACGCGAAGGUUCUCAUAUUUGGUAUCCAAACUACAAUUCCAACUCGCGAGCUCGAAUUGAUAUUCCUGAAGACAGUUCACCGUCCAGUGAUGAAAGUUUCAACGAAGUUCGAUCACAACUUUUUGGCACCUCUAAUUUCACAGUAAGCUCAAGAUCCGCCUUUCAACCGAGCAUUCCAAGGCAAUCGCAAACGCAAAAUUCCACAAUUCCACCGGAAACAAGAAAUUCCAAUCAACCAACAACAAAUCAAAGUGAACAAAAUGAAAAUUCACCAACUGAUCAAAACAUCAAUAACGACAGGAACCAAAGAACAUUAAGUAUGAUCACCUAUGAAUUACGAAUGGCUCUCGAUUCAUUUAAACGUAGUCUCAAUUCAGAGCAAUCAAAUCAAACUGACAAUAAUUUAUCGAGUCAUCAUACAGCAGCUGAAAUUGCACGUGAACAAUCAGAGAAUGGCUAUUGGUUACUCGAGGAAAACAGUAAUUCCGACUCGAAUCAAGAGGAUCAUAAUUUAAAUCCAAAUUCAAGUUUUCAAAGAUGGACCAGCCGAUGGAUACAAUUAAAUCCCUCAACAAGGGACAGUGAUAAUGAAUUUUCAAACGAGAAUGGUAGAAGAAAUACAAAUUCAGAAUCACGAAAUCCUGAUAGAAAUCAACUUUCGCCAAUUUCGAUUAAUUCCACACGUUAUGAGCAACCGCCAUUAUUUCCUUUUAGAAGUCUCCGUGAAAAUCAAGCAAGGCGAAUGGAAUCAUCUCAGGAAACAACUGCCAGUAAUAGCGCUCAAAAUGACAAUAGAACGGAAUCUGAAGCCAGAGCAACAACAUCGAGAAAUGAUGAUUCACGAGAUGACGAUGAACCACGUCAUUCACGAAGACAACCACCAAUUAGAAAGGGAAUUAAUCCCGAAGCCAAAAGAAUCAAAGAGGAACGAAAUCGACGAAUUAAUCGAAUUCUCUCGCAAAAUCACACUCUCACCGAUAAUGUUGGCGUUCGUCAAGGAAUUCCACUUCUCAGCAGAUACAUCGAUAAUAUGGAACGAUUAUGUCGUGCUAGAUUAGAGAUUGUACAACUUCAACAAGUUCGAAGAACAUGGGAGGAUUUACUACGGCAAAUUCGCAAUCUUCACGUAACUGUGAGAGUUGAAGGUGAAAAUGCUGAUCAACAACCUUCCACAAGUGGAACGUCAUCUGCUUCUUCCUCAAAUUCACAAAGUUCCACAAGUUCCAAUGAAACACAAAACAACGAGUCGGCGAAAAAUUUCAAGAAAACCCUCAUUGAAAAUUAUAAACGCGAGAGCAACGAGGCGGACAAUAAAACGGUAUUCUGUAUUAUUAUUCAACCGUCCACAUCAUCAUCACCAUCAUCAUCUUCAUCAACGCCAGCAGCAGCAGAAAGUACAGGGCAAAAAAUUCCUAAAACUCCCUCACAAAGUGGAACGCCCGAUUCGAAUCAAAAUUCGACAAACAUUAGUCUAUCAAAUUUACUACCCACGGAAUCGGAAAUGCGACGUAUGAGACGAAAUAAUCGUCUUUUAGAAAUAUUGAAAGCAUUACGUGAACGUGAAACUUGGUCUGGUUCACCAAUUAAUCUCGAUGAACCACAACCGCAACCAAAUGCUAUGAGUGAUCAUACAUAUUCGAAUUUGACAAGUAACGCAACUGUUCAACUACCGAGUAUUGCAAGUUUUAUUUCCAAUUUAUCGGCAAGUGUAAAUAUUCCAUCGACAACGCAACUUCUCGAUUCUGUUGAAUCAUCAUUAAACGAUGAUGACGGUCCAAGUUCAUCGAGAACAUUAAGAAAUUCUCCAAAUACUUCGUCAGCUAAUCCUGAGAAUGAGAGCACAUCUGAGAGUUCAAAUUCGGCAUUAUCAAUGGAUUCGUCGCCAAAUAAUUCAAAUAAUCGAGGAAAACUAUAUACGUACCAAAGAGUCUGGCGAUACGGACGCAGAAUGUAUAUCAGACGACCAAGAUUAUUGUCUCUCGGUCCAAGGAGUAUGAAACGUGGCUCAAGAACUCAAUUCAAUCCUUUCCGACAUUACGAGCAUCGACGACCGUGGCCAAUUCGACGAAAUGAUUCACGUGACUCGCGAAUGACAAACGGUAACACGACUAACAACAACAACAACAACAGCAACAACAGUAAUAAUAAUAAUAAUAAUAAUAAUAAUAACAACACUGAACGAAAUCGUGUUCAAAACACAUCGGAAUCACUUCAAGCAAUGAUUGUUCGUCUACAAUCAUUGGUUAGACAACAACGAGCAUUAGCGCGAAAUAGCGAAAUUAAUCGUAGUUCCGAUAGUGAUAGACAAUCGGAAACAACACGCGAUAAUACAGAAAAUCAAGAAAUGGAGCAAAUUCGCGAAGUCACACGUCUAAGAGCACGAGAGGUUCUUAGUUUAAUGGUUGAGAGUCUCACGCAAUUUUUCGAGGAAAAUAGACCCGGCAAUGGUGCACAAAGCAACGUUCUUUACGAGCAAAUCUUCAAGGUCUAUGUUCUACUUCAUCUCGCUCUUCAAUUAACUGAUUUAUUAAUCGAACAAUUGGUGACAACGCGACGCGAAUUAGAAUCCAGUCAAUAUGGACCUUUUAAUUCAGAUUUUUUUGUUCCCACUCCCGAUAUUGUUAACGAACGACGAAACAGUCGAAUCGAUAAUGGCUUACAAACAGAGGCUAAUCGUUCCGAUGUCAAUCGAACAAAUAAUGAUUCGUUUGAAAAUAAUAAUGUACGCGAGGAAAAUGCACCAAGCGAAACAAGAGAUCGUUCACAAUCCAAUAAUACCGAUUCUUCACCAGAUCAAGAAUCAAGAAAUUAUCUCAAUAUUCUCGAGGAACUGCGAACACUCUUUCAUAUUCCCUGUUGCAAUAAUGAACAACGAAAUGAAUCUUCCCGUGAAGCGGAAAAUUCCACUCGUCCAGAAACAUCACAAAAUACGGAAUCAAAUUAUUUCACGGAAACAAAUACAGCGAGUAGUUCAAGAACGCCUGAACCAAUAAAUGAAAAUUCUGGUGAUCAAAAUGUGAAUCAUAUUUCCUCGGAAAAUGCAUUAUCAGCGGAAGUUCAAAGUAUCGUUGAGAGAAUACAAAAUAAUCGUAAUGACAAUAAUAAUGAUCGACCAUCAAAUAGAUCAUUGGAUAGUAAUAAUCAUUUGGAUAAUGAUUCUGGUUCGAGGAAUAAUUUUCUAUUGGGUCUUUCACAAGAUCUAAUAAGAAUACAUGAGGAAUAUGAACGACGUAAUAAUAAUAAUGAGUCGAAUGAUCGUCAACGAAUUAGUAAUAAUGAUGGUGAGGGAAGAACUGCGAGUUCAUUUUUGCAAACAUCAUUGCCAAUACAUUUAAUUUUAUCGCGAAGAGGUCCCUUGAGAUAUUCCGAUUCAACAUUUAGACGUGAAAUUUUACGAAUGAUACGUCAUAGACAUGAGGAAAAUUAUUAUAUUAGUCAUCGUUUAGAGCAACUCGCAAGAUCAACUCAUCAAUUGAGACAUGAUUAUCAUUAUGGAAGAAAUCGACCAGCGCCCGAUAGAGAUUAUGCAUAUUUACCGCGACCACCUUAUCUUGUCUCAAGAAGUCGUCCUCUUAUUUUUGACAGAGAUCCUUUACUUUCAUCCUCGGCAACGACUAAUCGUCAUGAAUUUAAUGUGCCCAUUGUUCAAGUUGCACCGCCAACACCACCGCAUACGCCACCUUCAUAUUUACCAAAUUCCACGCAAAAUAAUAAUGAGAGUUCAAAUAAUACAAAUAGUAAUUCUAAUAAUGAACAGGCGGGACCUAGUACAUCGAAUUUUGGAAAUAGAAAUCAGGACUUGGGUGGAUUUCAAGUUUUAUCACCACAAUUAAGAAGAUGGUUCCUGGCUCAAGCUACUUGGAGGGGUUCGAGAUAUUUAAGUCAACGUUAUGGAUCAUCUGCUAAUGGUGGAAAUGGCGGUGGUAGCGGCGGAGGAGACGGAAGUGGUGGACAAGAUCCGGGUAAUGACGAUAGCGAUGAUGUUGAUAUAAGAGAUCAAGUACCUGUUGGCAUAUCAUUUAAUGGUUUGGAAAUUCCAAAUUAUCGUGUUCAGGCUUGGGAUUUUUCUGACGGUGAAAUUCCGGACAUUACAAAUCCCGAGAAAAAUGUUGUUGUACGAGAAUGUAAAAUACACAAUGAUGCAAGUAUCGACAUUUCCGCUGACGGAACAAUGUUAGCAACUGCGUUACCAUCCGGAAGAAUCAACGCUACUACCACUCUUGGAGUCUACAGUUUACAAUGGGAAAAUUUGGGAGAACGAGUUUAUUCAACAGUAACUGAUCAAACAGUCGUUUCACUGUCAAUGUCACCGGCAGGACAACAUCUUCUCGUUGGAAUUGGAUCAAGAAGAAUUCAUAUUCCAACAAGGCCACUGCCAAUGGCAUUAAUUUACAAACUCGUUAAUCGUGAACCCGAAACAGAGAAAAAAGUCACCGUUGACUCGUCCGAUUCGAAAUAUUACAAUAUUUUCGAUCGUACACAUUCAUGUAGUCGAACAGUUGUUUAUGUACAAGGUGCGCCAAAUUUACGUAAUAUUUAUCGUCGCGAUCCUAAUGCGCCACAUCCCGAGGAUGAUAGACAAAAUUAUCUCAAUUGGAGGAAUCCAAGUCCCGGUGGAAACGAUAUUGAUAUGAAGGACACAAAGGAGAAUAUGAUUCUAUUAAGGGAAUUGCUACAAAAUAAUAGGGAAACAACUGGACAUAUAAGUUUAAAUUGCAUUCGAUGGGUACCACAACCCGGUCAAGGAAUGAUUUAUACCACCAACAAUGGUCAACUAAAUAUUCUUCACUAAUGUGAUUAUUAGUUUUCCUAUUUAAACGAAAUUUCUCCAAUUUUUCUUCUAUAUUUUAUUUAUUAUUUUUUUUUUUUUUGUUUCUUUUACACAAUUCAAAUUCGGGAAAAUUUGAAUAAUAUAUAUUUAUUAUUUAUUAGGCGAUAAUUAAUCUCCAUGUUUCUCUCUGUUAUAAAAUAUAUUUUAUGAGAAACUAUUGAUUUUAAAAAUAUCAAUUUUAAAAAUUUAAUUAAAUAAAAAUUUAAUUAAUCUAAGUAAAAAAAGAAAAAUUGAGAAAAUUCGUUAUCUAGGAUUAAAAUCAAUGUUCCAGCCUGCAGAAAAUGUUUUUUUUUCUGCAUUGGCAAAAUUGUAGAAAUGUUUCUUAGUUUACGCGUUAACAGUGAUCUAUUAAACUCUCUAAAUAUAGGUUUAAAAAAAGAGUCUUAGGCGAUCGAGUUAGAAAAAAAAAAAUAUAUUAGAAAAAGUUGCUAUCAAUGUUCAUAGCACUGAAAUAAAAAAAAAAGGUUAAAUUUUUGAAACGAUUUUCAUUUUAAAGCAAAAGCUUUUUGAAAAUGUUUUCCAUACAUUUUCUAAUAUAUAUAUUUAUAAUUUACUAUAUUUUAAAUUAACAUUAAAAAGGAAAUUAAAUUUUUUCAAAAUAAUAAAAAAAAAGUGCCAUAAAAAUUGCAGGCAACUAAUUCUAAUAAAUUGAUAAAUUUAUAUUGGAUAUAAAUUUAUUUCCCGUAUCUGUGAAGAUUUUUUUCUGCCAUCCGAAAUAGAUAUUUUUAUUAUUAUAUAUAAAUAUAUAUAUAUAAAUUCAGUCCCGAAGGCGAAAAAAAAUCCUUUAUAUAAUAAUGUACUUUCGAAGUAAUAUCUUUAUCUUGUAAGAUCUAUUUUUUUUUUUUUUUUUUUGUAUAAUGUAUAUUAAUUUGCAUUGAGCAAUUUAUGCUGUUUUUCGUAUUAGACUGACUUUUUAAUUAUAAUCUGAGUAUUAUAUAUAUUUCACGCAAAUGCAAUAUUUUUUCUUAUGUGAUAGCGAAUUUCGUGCCAUAAAUUAAAAUUUUUUUCUUUUCGUAACUAUAAAUUAUUUUUUUCUUUUUGGUGAGGGGCAAAAUUUAACAGGUUUUUCAAAAUCGAAACUAAAACUAAUCGAAAUUAGAAUUAUUUUUGUGUCACGUGAAUUAUUGUAUUUCCCUUUUGAAAAAUAAACGAUGGUGAUAGUUUCGCGUUAUGAAUUUAAGAGUCAUGAAAUUUAAACGUCGACUAUAUUUUAUGUUUCAACGUUACAAUUAUAUUUUUUAUAUAUGUAGAAAAUAUAAUAUUAAAUAAGAGACCGUAAGUGAUACUGAUGAGAAUGAUUUUAUUUCCUUUUAUGUUUUUUUUUUUUAAAUUUUGUUUGUUUUAAGGCAUCAAAUCAAAUUUGUAAAGCAAGAAAUUGUAAUUGUAAAGUAAUUAUGAAGAGAAUUAAACUUAUUCCAAUAAGGAAAACUCAUAAAACUGAUUAGUAUCAUUUAUCGUUUUUUUUUUCUGUUCUUCAUUUCUUUCAAAUCCCCGAAAAUAUUUUUAAAAAAAUUCAAUGUCACGAAAAAUUAUAAAUAUUUGCGAUUAAUUUAAAAGCUAAUUGUGCGAAUUAAAAAAAAAAAUUAAAUAAUCAUCGAGACUAAUUAAAUUAUUUAAGAAAAAAAAAUAAUAUCUCCAGUGUGACUUCUCCCGUGCUUCUUGACACAUUAUCAUAUUAUAUUAUUAUGUAUUUUUAAAAUCAAUUUAAUAUUAAAAAUCGGUUUGUGGAAAUCAUGAAACAAAAAAAAAAAAAAAUUUCAAAAAGAAAUUAUUCAUAUACUGAAAGUAUGUUUUCUUUUUCUCGUGACAUUGUUUCUGUAUUGUCAAGAAAAAAAAAAUAUAUAUAUACAUUGUUUCAAAAAAAUUGAAAUGAAAGCGAUCUUUAUGUACCCCCCAGAGUCGCAUUUCAAAAUGCUUGUGAUUGAAAAAAAUUAUUGAUAAUAAAAUUGACUUUGACUUAA